UGCCGUAUGACGUUUUGUUGUGAUAGCAAAAUUAUUUUUUUCCGCGUAACAAUUUUUUCGAUAUCACUAUAGUGAUAAACAAUCUGCUACGACAAAGGAAAAAUUUUUUUCGUGCAGCUUAGAAUGUUAAGGAGAUCGCUAAAAAAAGAUUAAAGAUGCAGGAAGUUAACGAUGACACGAUUUCAGAGGAACGACAAAGAGGAGAUGCAAAUUUUCAUGAGCAAGAUGAAAGAAAGCAGGCGGGCAAAUCGGUAGAGAAGAUGCGUGUGAUUGAGGAAGUAGAGAAAUUCGAUGCAAACGAAGCGGAUAAAAAUAUCGUGGAAUUUUUACGGAUGAAGGGUCUGAGUGAAGAUCUCGUGAAAAAGUUGAUUAAUACCGAUCUCACGGAUGAGUAUGUCAGGCUUUUGAAAGCUUUGUAUUUCGAUGACAACGACAUUGGGAACUUACGAGAUCUGUGGCGAGCGAAGAAUCAAGUCAGCAAAAGCAAUGACUCAACUGAUUCCAGUAUAUCCGGCGAUUCAUUGUUGGACGCGCACUUGUCACAGAGCAGUCUUUAUUUAAAACGUGUUCUCAGCAAACCUUUGAUCGAAGCUCUUCGCGAAAUCAUAGCAACGAAACCGGCUGAUCCUGUAGAGUACCUGGGCCAUUGGUUACUCAAUUUCAAAAUUUGCGAAGAACAAAGUAUACGUCAAAAAGAGAAAGAAUUGGAACUGUUGAUCAGUAGAGAAAAACUACAAAUGAAAAAAGUUGAAGAUAAAGAACUUCUUCCCAUCGAGCUACAGAAAGAAGAGGAACCUGGUGAGGAUUGGAAACAUUUCUGUUACGAAGAAUCACAAAUUGAUAAUGUAUCCGAUUUAUAAAAUAGAAUAAAUUGAAACGCCCGAAUGGAGACUCGAAAUAAA